AUGAGGUACAAUGAUAUUCAUAAAAGAGCACCUCCAAGGUUUACACGAACUCCCGUUGACCAGACAGGGGUCUCUGGUGGAGUUGCCUCUUUCAUUUGCCAAGCGACGGGAGACCCAAGACCUAAAAUUGUCUGGAACAAAAAAGGAAAGAAAGUCAGCAAUCAGAGAUUUGAGGUAAUAGAGUUUGACGAUGGAUCUGGAUCAGUUCUCAGAAUACAACCCUUACGGACUCCGCGAGAUGAGGCAAUUUAUGAAUGUGUGGCCUCGAAUAAUGUGGGAGAAAUAAGUGUAUCCACCAGACUCACAGUUUUACGAGAGGAUCAAAUUCCCAGGGGCUUCCCUACCAUUGACAUGGGCCCACAGUUGAAGGUGGUUGAGCGUACACGCACUGCCACCAUGCUUUGUGCAGCCAGUGGGAAUCCGGAUCCAGAAAUCACUUGGUUCAAAGAUUUCUUACCUGUCGACACAAGCAACAACAAUGGCCGUAUUAAGCAGUUACGAUCAGAAUCUAUUGGAGCCCUUCAGAUCGAACAGAGUGAAGAAUCUGACCAAGGAAAAUAUGAGUGUGUUGCCACCAACAGCGCGGGCACUCGCUAUUCUGCCCCUGCCAAUUUAUAUGUCAGAGGAAGAAGUAUUUCUUCUUCCCUGGAGUUCUCAAAGCCAGUUCUUGUAGUUUUAUCGUCCAGUGAAAAUGCUCUUAGUCUUACCCUCCAUGUCUGUGCAUAA